AUGAUCACAGGGCAGCUGAGCAAGCCACUGCUCUCCCUUCGAGGAGACAUGGAAGCUGCUGACAUGCAGGAGGACGGCAGAGGUCCCAGCUCGGACAGCGAGACCAACGACGAGCCCCUGCUGCUGCCGCCCGACACCGAUGCCGAUGACAAGCUCUACGGAGGCAGAGAUGGUUCAGUCCAGUCUGAUGCUAGCAGCAGCACCUCUGAGCAGGGUCCCAUGUCCCAUCCAGCAUAUCCUGUUGGACCACAGUCUCUGCUGGUGGCGCAACAGUUGGCCUCGGCCGUGAGUGGGGUGAUGUCUGGCGGGGCGCCAGGUCUGAACCAGCCCAUCCUCAUCCCCUUCAAUGCGGGUGGACACCUGGGUGGGCAGCAGGGCUUGGUCCUCUCUCUGCCCACUGCGGCAAAUAUCCAGGGUCUCGUGGCGGCUGCGACUGCCGGAGGCAUCAUGACUCUCCCCCUACAGAACCUGCAAGCUACCUCAUCACUGAACUCCCAGCUGCAGCACCUUCAGCAUCUCCAACAAAUACAGCAGCAACAACAUCAACAUCAACAACAACAACAACAACAACAACAACAGCAGCAGCAGCAGCGCGAGCGGGAACAACGAGAGCGAGAGCAGCUUCAUCAGCGCGAGCGUGAACGUGAGCGUGAGCGAGAACACCACUGUGGACCAGCACACCUCCAGCCACCUAAUCAGCUGCCGUCCCACCGUCAGCUGACUCCGCCCCUUCAGUCACAAACUUCUGGCACCGCCUCUUCUUGUACCCCGUCUAGUCAUGGCUCAGCUCCGCCUCCACAGUCUCCUCCCUCUCACAGGCCAAACCAAUCACCAGCUCGCAAUUUGCCCUCUCCAGUCACACCUCCAUUGCCACUGCAGCUCAAUCCUUUGGCCAGUCAGGCUGCAGCUGCUGCAGCAGCAGCGAUGGGUUCCAUUGCCGGCUCACAGGUGUUUGGUAACACUCUCCCCAGCCUGCAGGGGGUUACUGGGCAACUGGUCACCAAUGCACAGGGACAGAUAAUUGGUACGAUCCCAUUAAUGCCAAACUCUGCGGGACCCUCCAACCAAACAGGGGGUGGGACUCCUUCGCUACAAGUCCAGCCAAUCACACCACAGCUGCUGACCAACGCACAGGGCCAGAUCAUUGCUACAGUGAUUGGGAACCAGAUCCUGCCAGUCAUCAACACCCAGGGAAUCACGCUAUCGCCAAUCAAACCUGGACAGCAGGUGCCACAGGCCACCCAGGCCCAGACGGGCAGCCCCGCGUCUCAGCCAGGCCUGCUGCGGAUGCCACACAGCCAGAGCCCACUCCGGCAAGCUUCCUCCUCUUCCUCCACAUCCUCGCCCUCUUCAUCAGCGCUCAGCGUGGGACAGCUAGUCAGCAACCCUCAAACUGCCCCCAGCGAAGUGGACGGGGUGAACCUGGAGGAGAUCCGAGAAUUUGCCAAAGCAUUUAAAAUCCGCCGCCUGUCGCUAGGCCUAACGCAAACUCAGGUGGGCCAGGCCCUCAGCGCCACAGAGGGGCCUGCUUACAGUCAGUCUGCCAUCUGCAGACACACCAUCCUGAGAAGCCACUUUUUCCUACCACAGGAAGCCCAAGAGAACACUAUAGCUAGCAGUCUGACAGGCAAACUGAACCCUGGCCUUUUAUAUCCUGCCAGGUUUGAGAAGUUGGACAUCACCCCAAAAAGCGCGCAGAAGAUUAAGCCUGUGCUGGAGCGCUGGAUGGCCGAGGCAGAAGCCCGCCAUCGCUCCGGCAUGCAGAACCUGACCGAGUUUAUCGGCAGCGAGCCCUCGAAAAAGCGCAAGCGCCGGACCUCUUUCACCCCACAGGCCCUGGAGAUCCUCAACACCCACUUUGAGAAGAACACACACCCCUCGGGCCAGGAGAUGACCGAAAUCGCAGAGAAACUGAACUACGAUCGCGAGGUGGUGCGCGUUUGGUUUUGCAAUAAGAGGCAGGCUUUGAAAAACACCAUAAAAAGGCUGAAGCAGCCAGAGCUGGGACCGGUCGCACCAAUGGACACUCUGGCUGACACGCUGGAGGAACACCCUUAGCUCAUCUGAAUUUGCGCAAGCUCGAAACACCUUGAAACAAAUACCAAUGACUAAACCUCCAACCGACCGGACAUUAAAGCCCUGGACCGGACAUUUCCUGUUCG